GUCUGAUUAUUUUAUGAUAUUAAAUGUUAUCGUUAUCAUUGAGUUAAUAAUUAUAUUCAUUUGAAAAUAACAUAUAAAAUAAUGAAAUCUCAACGCAAUCAUUACACACCAGUAAUGGAAAAGUAUGAGAAGAUCUCGAAAAUAGGUGAGGGCUCGUAUGGUAUUGUAUUCAAGUGCCGGAGCCGGGACUCCGGACAGUUGGUCGCCAUCAAGAAGUACGUCGAGACAGAGGACGACCCUCUCAUCAAGAAAAUAGCCUUACGUGAGAUACGGAUGCUUAAGCUCUUAAAGCAUCCAAAUCUCAUAAAUUUGAUUGAAGUGUUUCGUCGGAAGCGAAAAUUGCAUUUAGUGUUCGAGUACUGCGAGCUAACUGUGCUCGACAUACUGGAAAAGUACCCCAAAGGUGUGCCCGACAAUCUCACUAAGAAAAUCAUCUGGCAAACUAUAAACGCAAUCAAUUUCUGUCAUCAACACAAU